AAACAAAAUGACUUGUCUCUGGUUUUGUAUAAGCGGGCUUUGGAGGAAGCCAAGGGGCAGAGAGAAAUAGAACUGAUGUGUUUGUAUGAAAUCAGCUGGUGUCAUAUAUUGAAGCUGCAGUGGAAGGAGAAGUCCAAGUGGUCGCAGGCCUACUACACAUAUCUAACAGCAGUUUGUACUGGGUCUCAGGGAAAUAUGGAGGCUGCUUGCGACCUCUUUAGGAAAGUUCCAGGCUUGAUCAAGAGAAAGAACAACCAGAUUGAGGCCUUUGUUGGGAGACGGGCUGAAAAAUUCAAGAAACAGAAACCGACACUGGAGCACUGCCGUUUGUUGACCCUGGAAAUGUUGUUUUUGUGGCAUGCUCUACCCACCUGCACCCCUGACGACUUGAAGCCACUCCUGGAUGUAUGUGACAUGCAGUCAGAUCAUACUUUGAUGCCACUGAAGUGUUUGCUGGAAGGUGCCAUCUACAAGGAGCUGGGCGAGGAUGAUAUGGCUGUCACUUGUCUGAAGGAAGCUAUUGCCCGACACCACGGCAAGAAGGAGGAUCUGUACAUCCCUGCAUUCACACUCUUUGAGCUGGCUUCCAUCUACAUCAGAAACCCCCAGACAAUACAAGAAGCGAAAACCCACUUACAUAUGAUCAAAGACAACUACAAGGAUUAUGACUUUGAGAAUCGUUUGAGCGUCCGCGUCAACAACGCCCUGAAACGACUGAAAGCUACUACAGGAAGUCCGUAA